AUGGAAGAGGCGAGUGAGGAAAAGAGUGAGGAGGAGAGUGAGGAGGAAAGUGAGGAGGAGAGUGAGGAGGAGGAGGAGGAGGAGGAGGAGGAGGAGGAGGAGGAGGAGGAGGAGGAGGAGGAGGAGGAGGAGGAGGAGGAGGAGGAGGAAGAAGAGAGUGAAGAGAAGGAAGAGGAGGAGAAGAAAGUUGUUAAGGAGGUAGCAGCGAAGGAGAGCAGUGAGGAGGAGGAGAGUAGCGAUGAGGAGGAAGAGGAGGACGAGGAGAGUGAGGAGGAGGAAGAGGAAGAGAAGAAAUUAGUGAAAAAGGAGGAGAGCAGUGAGGAGGAGGAGAGUAGUGAGGAGGAGAAGGAGAGUGAGGAGGAGAAGGAGAGUGAGGAGGAGGAAGAGAGUGAGGAGGAGGAAGAGGAAGAGAAGAAAGUUGUAAAGGAGGUAGCAGCGAAGGAGAGCAGUGAGGAGGAGGAGAGUAGCGAUGAGGAGGAAGAGGAGGAGGAGGAGGAGGAGGAGGAGGAGGAGGAGGAGGAGAGUGAGGAGGAGGAAGAGGAAGAGAAGAAAGUAGUGAAAAAGGAGGAGAGCAGUGAGGAGGAGGAGAGUGAGAAGGAGGAAGAGAGUGAGGAGGAGGAAGAGGAAGAGAAGAAAGUAGUGAAAAAGGAGGAGAGCAGUGAGGAGGAGGAGGAGGAGGAGGAGAGUAGUGAGGAGGAGGAGAGUGAGAAGGAGGAAGAGAGUGAGGAGGAGGAAGAGGAAGAGAAGAAAGUAGUGAAAAAGGAGGAGUGCAGUGAGGAGGAGGAGGAGGAGAGUAGUGAGGAGGAGGAGAGUGAGAAGGAGGAAGAGAGUGAGGAGGAAGAGGAAGAGAAGAAAGUAGUGAAAAAGGAGGAGAGCAGUGAGGAGGAGGAGGAGAGUAGUGAGGAGGAGGAGAGUGAGAAGGAGGAAGAGGAAGAGAAGAAAGUUAUAAAAGAGGUAGCAGCGAAGGAGAGCAGUGAGGAGGAGGAGAGUAGCGAUGAGGAGGAAGAGGAGGAGGAGGAGGAGGAGGAGGAGGAGGAGGAGGAGGAGGAGGAGGAGGAGGAGGAGGAGGAGGAGGAGGAGGAGGAGGAGGAGAGUGAGGAGGAGGAAGAGGAAGAGAAGAAAGUAGUGAAAAAGGAGGAGAGCAGUGAGGAGGAGGAGAGUAGUGAGGAGGAGGAGAGUGAGAAGGAGGAAGAGAGUGAGGAGGAGGAAGAGGAAGAGAAGAAAGUAGUGAAAAAGGAGGAGAGCAGUGAGGAGGAGGAGGAGGAGGAGGAGGAGAGUAGUGAGGAGGAGGAGAGUGAGAAGGAGGAAGAGAGUGAGGAGGAGGAAGAGGAAGAGAAGAAAGUAGUGAAAAAGGAGGAGUGCAGUGAGGAGGAGGAGGAGGAGAGUAGUGAGGAGGAGGAGAGUGAGAAGGAGGAAGAGAUUGAGGAGGAAGAGGAAGAGAAGAAAGUAGUGAAAAAGGAGGAGAGCAGUGAGGAGGAGGAGGAGAGUAGUGAGGAGGAGGAGAGUGAGAAGGAGGAAGAGGAAGAGAAGAAAUUAGUGAAAAAGGAGGAGAGCAGUGAGGAGGAGGAGAGUAGUGAUAAGGAGGAGGUGGAGGAUGAGGAGGAGAGUGAGGAGGAAGAGAGUGAGGAGGAGGAAGAAGAGAAGAAAGUAGUCAAAAAAGAGGAGAGCAGUGAGGAGGAGGAGAGCAGUGAUGAGGAGGAAGAGGAGGAGGAGGAUGAGAGCGAGGAGGAGGAAGAGGAAGAGGAAGAGGAAGAGACGAAACUCACGGGCAGCAAGAGAGCCUUUGACGCCAUCUCACCGGGAUCAGGCAGCAAGCCGGGCAGCGCUGCAAGAGCGUUCCAGAGAGUGAAGGUGGAGGAGGUGCAAUUCAAAGAUCCCCGACUCAUGGAUAACUCGUACUGGGCCAAGAGCGGGGCGGGCAAUGGAUGGGGCGCCAAGGCACAGGAGGUGCUGGGCCAAGUCAGGGGCAGGGGUUUCCGCCAUGAGAAGACGAAGAAGAAGAGGGGCAGCUACAGGGGUGGUAUUAUCGACCAGGAAAGCCAUUCCAUCAAGUUUGCUGAUUCCGACGACGAGUAA